AUGGGAAAAAAGACUUCUUUAUUCACACCAGAAGACGAAGACGAAGACGAAGAAGAAAAAUUGGUUACUCUGGAGGUGAAGAAGUUUAUGAAGGAUAUAACCAGAGAAAUGGACAAGCUGUUAAAAAGAGAAUUAAAACGCGAAUUAAAUGAACUAACUUCGAGUGUUCAAUUUAUUAGCGACAAAUUAGACGACAGUUUGGAAAAGAUGGAGGUAUUCCAGCAAAAGAUAAAGACUCUUGAACAAAAAAAUGUGGAUUUAUUAAAUAAAAACAUUUUUCUGGAAAAUAGAAUCAGCGCAAUUGAGCAACGUUUUAAUGAAGCAGAACAAUAUAAAAUGAUUAAUGUCAUAGAAGUGGCAGAAGUACCUGUUCAAAAUGAGGAAAAUGUGCAGGUGUUAGCUACAAAAAUAGCAAACAAAUUGAAUGUGCAAAUGGAAAACGUAAAGAAAGCAAAGAGAAUGAACUCUCGUGCAGGCAGACCUGGUGUAAUACAUUUAGAAAUGGAGAACGAGGAUAGUAAGAAUUUGUGGGUAGCAGCGGCGCGGGCCACCGAUAUAAAAGCCGGUGACCUUUUGUCGAACCUGGAGCGGGAGCAGAGAGAUGCAAAAGUUUUCGUCAGGGAGGCGCUUACACCUUUCCAGAAAAACCUAUUGUGGAAAUCAAAACAGACAUUGAAAGAUAUUUUUAAAUAUGUGUGGUGUAGACAUGGGAAGGUUUUGGCUCGUAAACAAGACAAUGACAAAGUGAUCAUCAUUAGGUCAGAGAACGAUCUUCAAAAGUUGGCGAGUCAAGCUAAGUAA